UACACUACCGGGCGAAUCGGUCAUCAUAGGAUAGUCAUGACCAGCAUUUGCCCCGUUGAUCAAGUGACUGCCGCUACCGUAGCGUCCCGCUUGUCUUCGAAUUUUCCAGGGCUUAAGGUUGUUUUCUUGGUCGGACUUUGUGGCGGGGUACCUACGGAUCCUGGCGGCACUGAUAUGUUGUUCGGAGACAUCAUCAUCGGUAAAUCAGCCGUGCAGCAUGACUUCGGUAGAGUGUACCCUGAUGGGUUCUCAGGAAAAACCGGUGUGGAGGAUAAUCCUGGAAGACAGGGGCAUCGGAUAAGGUCAUUCGUUGCAAAGCUCGAAUCCAUGGAUGAUCUGAUAGAGAGCAGCAUCGACUGUCACCUCAAAACACUACUUCCGAGAGCUGGUCGGUGGAAAGCAAGGUACCCAGAUUUACAUGAGGGUCCCUUUCCCACGUCAGACUAUGGGCCCCAGAACUACGAUGUCGAAGACUGCCCGUUUGCUUCAGAAUGCGACAGUCAUCCUGCCUCCACGCAUUGCGAGCAGCUGAGAUGCAAGCUACAAGAUAUCAUGUCUCAAGAACAAUUCGAAAAUCAACUGAGGAGGCAUCCAAUAAUUCACUUUGGGACAAUCGCCUCCGGAGAUGUCAGAAUACAGCAUGCGAAUGACCGCAACCGGCUACACAAUGUGGCAGACAUUAAAGGCUUCGAUGUCGAGGCCUCAGCAGUUUGGGAGUAUGUUCCCUGCAUACCCAUCAAGGGCGUCUGCCACUAUGUCGACAGUCCUCGGACUGAGCAUCGGGAAACCUAUGCCGCGAUAACAGCCACCGCUUGCGCGCAAGCAAUUAUGGAG